GACAGCAGCAGGAGAUAAACAAUUUAAUGCAGAGAAAAAAUGCUGUGGAAGAGGAAAAUGCUCGUUUGAAGAAUGAAUUCAGUAACUUGAACCGGAAAUUUAAAGAUAAAAGCCAAGAACUUAAGGACACUGAGGAGUGUGCACAGAAGAGGGAAGAGCAAAACAGACUGGUUAUAAAAAACCUGGAGGAGGAAAAUAAGGGAUUAAAUACAUGCUGUGCUGACCUGCUAAGUGACCUGGAGAAACUGAGGAAGCAGGAGGCACAAUGGAAAACAGAAAAAUCUGGCAAUGAUGUCAGAAUAAAGAAUUUGGAAACUAAUGUAGCAGAGGCAAGAGAACAAAUUAAAGAGUUAAGCAGUAGAUGCAGUAACUUGUCAUCUCAGGUAGCUGUGAAACAGGAAGAAGUCUUCCAAAAGAAUUGUGAUGUGAUCAGAACUAAGAAGGAGUUACAGGAUCUGCAGAAUCUUUAUAGACAAAACAUUCGACAUACAGCACAGCAGGCUGAGCUGAUAAAGCAGCUUCAGGCUCUCAAUGCUGAUACACAAAAAGUACUGAAAGACCAAGAAGAUGCUCACACAGCUGAAACAACAUCAUAUCAAAAACUUUAUAAUGAGUUGAAUUCAUGUUUUGAAACUGUUAAAACAAGUGAAAUUGAACUGCGGCGAAGCUGUGCCUCUCUUCAGGAUCAGUUACUUGGAAAAGAUGAAAAAAUUUGUCAGUUGCAAGAGCAACUUCAAGAGGCACAUAAUGCUUUGAAUGCAGUGCAUCAGAAUUCUUCAAAAUAUCAAUUACAG